AUGGACGACCUCGACAACAACACAGAAAGUCAAAGAGAAUACUCAGUUUCUUCAGUUGGCAGUCACUACAGUCCCGCGCCCACCGCUUCCGAAGCCGAUUCCCCCCCCGCAACCCCCAACCACUAUUCCCUACAAGUCCAAGCAGAGCACAGCAACCGCCGGCACAUCUUAUCACCACCAACCAAACGACCACCCACCUCAUCCCCCUACAGCACCGUCCCACCCACCCCAACCCACACCUACCGCUCCUCCCCACGCAAGCGUUCCCUCUCCCCAUCAACCCGCUACCCCUCCCACGCCACCAACACAGCAGCAGCAGCAACAUCAGCAGCAGCACCACCACCCCCGGACUCCUCUCCACGCCCCUUCAAGCGCCUCCGCACCGCCACCUUCCACCACGCCUACCUCACCCUGCUCAACGACGACAUCCGCGACGCCGCGCAGCAGUUCACCCCACUCCCCACCGAUAACGCCGACGGCGGCAACAGCAGCAGCACCACGCUCGCGCCGUCCCAGCUCGGCCUGACGCACUGGAGCGGCGCGGAGAAGGCGCUCUUCUUCUCGGCGCUGGCGCGCGUGGGGCGCGACGACGCCGCGGGCAUCGCGGCGCGCGUCCGGACGAAAGGGGUGUUGGAGGUCGCCGCGUACCUGGAGCUCCUGGCGCGGGAGCGGGAGCGGGAGCGGGCGGAGGGGGGGGCGGGGGGCAGGGUUGUGGCGCUGGCGCUGGCGGCGCCGGCGGAGGUGCCCGCCGCGGUGGAGCUUGGUCAGGAAUGUUGUGCCGCGCUGGAGGAGGCGGCGGAUGCGGUGUCGGUGAGGCAGGAGGGGCAUGAGGUGGGCGUGGAGAAGGCGAGGUGGGGGGAGAGGGCGUGGUUGGUGGAGGGGGGGAAUUGGAGGGCGCUUGAGGCGGCGCCGCCGGAGGGGUUGGAGGGGAGCUUGGGGCUGUUUCGCGUUGGGAAUUGGUUGCGGUUGAGCGGGCGGGUGUUUAUGAACUCGGCGGUGGAGGAGUAUAAUUGGGCGAGGGUGGAGGGGGAGGAGCCGGCGGUGAGGGCGACGGCGUUGGAGGACUUUUAUACGCUUGCUGUGGAGGUCACUAGGCGGCUGGUUGCGGCGACUAUUUUUGUUGGGGAGGGAAGGGUCAGGGCGAGGAGGGAGUUGUACCCGCAUGCGAGGAGCAGGGUGUGGAAGCAGGACGUGGAAGCAGCGGCUUUGUCAUUGGGGUUCCCGACCAACAGCCGCAAGUUCUGGGCACAGAGCGCUAGGCGGCUGAGGCUGGAUGUGUAUGACAGUGAGGAUCCGCCCAUGGUGGGCUGGGAGGGUGAGGGUGAGGACGAGCAGGACCCAAUGUCGUAUGAUGAGGUGGAGCGGGCACUUGGCCUUGAAUCAGAAGCCACCGGCACGAAUACCGCCCCUGCCGAAGAGACCGAGUCGUCAGAAGAGGAACUUGACGAAGACAUGGCCUCGGCCGCGGGAUCCGAUGACGGCUCAGUCGAUCUCGGUGCAGGAACGCCGCGGGCUUCCGGGGACGAAGAGGUUCUCCCAUACGAAGACGAAGCGGAAAAGGCGGCCAUCACGCGCGAGGUGAACGAGAUCUUUGUCCACUCGGCCCUCGAGUACCCCAAAACAGGGCCACAACGGAACAACCUGCGGAACCGAAUCCGUGCCGAGAGGGCACAAGAGGCCUAUGCGGACAAGAUGGACGCCAGGGCAUCGUACUACGAAGAGAAGAGAAUGUGGGCCAUGCUUGAGCGGCAGCCCCGGAUGGAAUUGGUGAAGCCAGACCCCCCGGAGGAGCCGCGGCAGUGGACCACAAAGACGGUCGAUGACUUAGUGAAGAGUUAUUCCAGAACGCCCGGCGACUGGAGGAGCAAGCUAGAGCUUGUGCCCAGCAGGUGGGAGAUGGACUAUGCGCUUGUGGAGGAUAAGAAAAAAGCGGAAGCCAUUUCCGUUGCAACAAGUGGCGACGAGAUUUGA